GUGGGUAGGGCUGAGGCGUUGGGAAUUGCACAGACAGGCGGUUGCACAGAAAGACACACAGACGUAGUCCUGUGCAUGGCCCCUGACAGCAAAUAGCUGCCUAGCUGCUUGCUUUGGCCUUGAUGACUUUCAGAAGAAUAAGAUGUAAGCCCUGGCCUGGGACCUGAGGAACAGGGCUGGAAAGAUGGUUCCCUGACCCCCAUUUGACCCCCUCCCUGCCUGGAGGUGUGAAAACCAGUGUGGAAGUAGCCUUCCUGGCCUUUUAUUUGAAAAUGAAGGUGUCAUUAGUUAAAGGCCUCUGAUGAAAGAUUGGGAACAGAAGAAGGUGGAGGCCAAGAUCUCUGGCAUUUGUGGGAGCCCCCGAACAUCCCCUGAGCCUCAUGACCCUGGAGGUUCCCAGCCCCUAACCCCUCAGAUGGAGAGCCACUCAGAGGAGGAAGACCCUCCUGAGGCUGGCGGUGGCCUGGACUGGAAUGGUAGGAGUCCCCAGGCCCAGAGCCCAGGGGGUUGUUCCGCAGAGGCCAUGCUGGCUCAGAAGAAGCACCGCUGGCGGCCUUCAAAGCGCAAGCGGCAUGCUCACUUCGGCAGCACAUAUACAAAGCGCAAGCAGCACUGGCGGCCCUACUUGGAGCUCAGCUGGGCUGAGAAGCAACAGCGGGACGAGAGGCAGAGCUAGCGGGCCUCCCGGGUCCGAGAAGAAUUGUUCGCCAAAGGCCAGCCCGUGGCACCCUACAACACCACCCAGUUCCUGAUGAACGACCGAGACCCCAAGGAGCCCAACCUGGAUGUGCCCCAGGGGGCCUCCCACCCAGGCUCCAGCGGGGAGAGUGAGGCCGGGGACAGUGACGGGCAGGGCCGCGCUUGUGGGGAGUUCCAGCAGAAGGAUUUCUCUGAGGCCUAUGAGCGCCAUCUCCCCGAGAGCCUGCAGGGCCGCAGCAAGGAGGAGCUGGUGCGAGACUACCUGGAUCUGGAGAGGCAGCUGUCCCAGGCCGAGGAGGAGGUGAGGAGGCUGCGGCAGCUGCCGAGGCGCACCAGCGGGUACCCCUGUUGCCAGGUGGAGGAACUGGCCGCCAAGGUAGAGAGGCUCCAGAUGGAGAACCAGCGGCUCCGGACGGAGAACCAGCGACUUCGUCAGGAGAACGAGAUGUGGAACCGGAAUCAAGAAGGCUGCCGCCGUGGUGGGCAGCCGGGCCGCUAGGGGUGCCCCCUGCCCCAGCCAGGCUGACUCAAGGAGUGUACCCUCAGGCCAGCUGAGUCUCAAGGAGGCAGGUCUCAGUCCCCCUGCUCUCUCUGAGAACAGCCUAUACAGGCUCAGGCUUCUACCUUGUCAUGUCCACAAUUUGUUCUUGGAUGUCAUGUUACUUUUCACAAAGGAAUUAAAUGAUUUUGG